ACAACAUCAGCUCCAACUUCUGUGCCAACACAAACAUCAGUACCAACACCUACAUCUGUUCCAACCCCAACAUCUGAACUGACACCAACAUCAAUUCCAACACCAACAUCUAUUCCUCCUGGAACAUAUACCACAACAACAACCACAACUCCUGAACCUCCACCAACAUCUUUACCUACACCAAUCUCUAUUACAACUCCAACAUCAGUACCAACACCCACAUCUGAACUGACACCAACAUCAGCUCCAACACCAACAUCAGUCCCAACACCAACCUCUGAACUUACACCAACAUCAGCUCCAACUACAACAUCUGAACUGACACCAACAUCAGCUCCAACACCAACAUCAGCUCCAACACCAACCUCUGAACUGACACCAACAUCAGCUCCAACACCAACAUCAGUACUAACACCAACAUCUGAACUGACACCAACAUCAGCUCCAACAUCAGUGCCAACACCAACAUCUUUCCAAACUCCAGCAUCUGAACUUACACCAACAUCAGUGCCAACACCAACAUCUGAACUGACACCAACAUCAGCUCAUCUGAACUUACACCAACAUCAGUCUCCAACACCAACAUCAGCUCCAUCUUCUGUGCCAACACCAACAUCAGUACCAACACCUACAUCUGAACUGACACCAACAUCAGCACCAACACCUACAUCAGUUCCAACCCCAACAUCUGAACUGACAGCAACAUCAGCUCCAACACCAACAACAGCUCCAACUUCUGUGCCAACACAAACAUCAGUACCAACACCUACAUCAGUUCCAACCCCAACAUCUGAACUGACACCAACAUCAACCACCAACACCAACAUCACUCCAACUUCUGUGCCAACACAAACAUCAGUACCAACACCUACAUCUGUUCUAACCCCAACAUCUGAACUGACACCAACAUCAGCACCAACACCAACCUCUGAACUUACACCAACAUCAGCUCCAACUCCAACAUCUGAACUGACAUCAACAUCAGCUCCAACACCAACAUCAGCUCCAACUUCUGUGCCAACACCAACAUCUUUCCAAACUUCAACAUCUGAACUUACACCAACAUCAGUGCCAACACCAACAUCUGAACUGACACCAACAUCAGCUCCAACACCAACCUCUGAACUUUCACCAACAUCAGUGCCAACACCAACAUCUGAACUGACACCAACAUCAGCUCCUACACCAACCUCUGAACUUACACCAACAUCAGUGCCAACACCAACAUUACCAACACCUACAUCUGUUCCAACCCCAACAUCUGAACUGACACCAACAUCAAUUCCAACACCAACAUCUAUUCCUCCUGGAACAUAUACCACAACAACAACCACAACUCCUGAACCUCCACCAACAUCUUUACCUACACCAAUCUCUAUUACAACUCCAACAUCACUCCAACACCAACAACAGCUCCAACUUCUGUGCCAACACAAACAUCAGUACCAACACCUACAUCAGUUCCAACCCCAACAUCUGAACUGA